UGGGAAGGAAGGGAGCAGCAGGCAAGCGUCCAAACUCUCGAAAGCGCAGCCGCGCCUUCGCUUCCCUUUGGUUCGCCCCUGAUGGGGAAGUACAUGAGGAAGCGCGCGGGGCGGGCGCCGGCCGCGGAGCUCGCGCAGGUGGUGGCCGGCGUCCGGACGCGGUCCCGCUCGUCCGCGGCCUCACUCGCUGGUGCCGCCUCGGCGGCGGCACCGGCGCCCAAGAGGCCGAGGAAGCAGGCGGCAGCGCGCGCGGAGGUGGCGGAGGUGGGGGCUGGCUGUGGCAACGGCGGCUGCGCGUCGUCGGAGGAGGCAGGGUGCUACCUGCAGCUGCGGAGCAGGAGGCUGUUCAUGGCCGCCGCGGCCGAGGCGCGGUGCCCGGUGCCGGCGGAGGAGAAGGCGGCGGCGGCGGUCGCCGAGAUCUCGUCGAGGUGCUCCAGCACGGCGUCGUCGGUGGACGUCGUCGUCGUGGCGGCGGCUUGGGAGAGGACCGGUGGCGCAGCCGAGGCACGCGAGGACCGUGACGUGGAGAGCGCCGUCAGAGACUCGGCCGGGUGCGACCGCGAGAGAAGGGAGGCGACGCCGUCGAGCCGGCCACCGGUGGGUCUCAGCGACGAGGAGUCGAGUCAGGCCCAGGCGGCGGACGAGCACAGGCACCGCCACCGGGGGCCUUCUUCGGCCGCUGCGACAACCGCGGUGGCUUGCCGAGCUAGGACGCCACCGGCCGCGGAAGAGAUCGAGGAGUUCUUCGCGGCCGCGGAGAAGGCCGUGGCCGAGCGCUUCGCAGCCAAGUACAACUUCGACGUCGCCCGCGGCCUGCCGCUCGACGCCGGCGGCCGGUUCGAGUGGACCACGGUCGCCAGCGGCUGAUCGAUAACGUACACGCCGUCCGGAAAAGAAAAAAGAGCGAAAAGCGGGGCGGGAGCCGAAAAAGCGUCGGCGGCGCAGAAAGCGAGAGACCCCGCCGCGCGCCGUGGGACGAAACGGAAGAGAUCGGACGCCGCUGGCUCCAAAGAGGAAACAGUGCAGAGGACACAGCCGAGCAGAGCGACACCAGCAAAAGACACGAGCGUUUCCGCGUGGGCACCGGGCAGCAGCCGAGUAGCGUCAGCUCCUGUCUAGUAGUCUAUCUCCAUCCGACUUGGAUUCUGCUAUCCAAAAUUCUUCGUAUUUCCAGCCGCUGGGAUUUCUGCAGAGCCCGCUGCGAUACUGUGGCUGGCGUGUUAAGUGUAGCUCCUGUUCCUGUUUCCGGUUGGUGUCAUCGGGACAGCCGGCAUUCAAUGUACAGUACUGCGGCUGCAGCUGCAGCUGCGACAGUUAACCACCGCCACCUCUGAAUUGUUUUUGCUGACAGCA